UCAGGUACUUGACAUCGUUGUUACCGGAGAAGGCCCUGUGACAGCUGGGUUAUUUGGAGGAGAGAAAAAAAGUCCCAAUCACGAGGGUGCACUGGGCAUAUGCGGCUGCUGAGCCUUAAAAGAAGCCGCGUUUCAGAGACGCCAUCAUUCGCCCGGACCCUUGACGUGAGGCGUCAACAUGACGACGGUGAAAAUACCCCUGCUCUUCCUCCUUACAUCAUUGGCAGGCGUGUGUCCCUUAAGACACAGCGAGAUACAUUCAAAGGCAGGCGAGGUGGUGGCGCUGCUGUGCCCUUACACAGGGUAUAAUCAAAGUCAUACCAAACUGGUCUGGACGAGUCACACACCCGAGAGGAUGUUUGUCACCAACAUGUCAUCGGCUGACCUGUCACAGAUGGGUGUGCUCGUACAUGGCAGGAGUCUUGUGAUUCUCAGCGCAUCUGUAAACCAUCAAGGGAAUUACUCAUGCUCUCUGGGGAAGGUCAGCAGCCAGUUCUGGUUCAUGCUGACAGUAAACACAGCACAGUCCAGAGAGUAUGAAGAGCGGAGCAGGUACUCUAAGACAUGUUACACACAAGAGUCCUGCAAAUUGAAUUGCCCAGAUGUAAAUAUCCCUGCUGAAAAUAUCCCGAAUAUUACCCGUAACAGCAUCACAUGGCACAAGGAGGGUGAGUCUUUGUCUAAAGACGGUUACUUCUCAAGUGUGGAAGAGAAAGACCACGGUGUUUACACCUGUACCAGAUCUUACCUGUAUCAUGGACAAACAUACAAUAUGACCUUUACAGUGGUACUUGAUGUCAAACCAAAGAAAUCGGAGAAAACUGCAGUAAUCGUUUCGCCACGCAAGAAUGAUGUAUUUCAUGUAGAUUUGGGCUCAACAGUGGUGAUUGAUUGUAAAGCUGUUACGUAUUCGGACUUUGACGGGGUGUUCUGGUUGAGUGGGAAAUCAUUUGUCGACAAAAAGGCCAACUUACCAGUUUUCUACAACAGCACACGGGAAAAUAAUGCUGAAGAAAUAAAGAUGACAGCAUCUCUGGUCUUCAGAAAGGUGUCGGAGGAGGAUCUAUCAAAAAAUUAUACCUGUAAACUCGAAAGUGUUUACCAAACCUCAAGCUUUGUCACCAUCACUCUGGCCAAAAAAACUCGCCCUUUGUACAUUUACCUGGCCGUCAGCAUUGUGGGCAUCAUUGUGGUAAUGGUUGUGACAGUAGUUAUCUAUGUGAAGUUGAAAAUUGACAUCACGCUUUUCCUAAGAGACAAUCUUGGCUUCCAUAGCGGUGGCUCGGAUGGAAAACGCUACGAUGCCUUUUUGAUGUGUUAUAAGAGCAACACGGAUGCAGGACUAAAUGCUCAUGACAGAAGAUGGCUGGAGAGUGUUUUGGAAGAGAGGUUCGGUUACCGUCUCUGUCUCUACAAUCAUGAAGUCUUACCAGGGAAAGCUGCAGCAGAGGCAGUGUUAGACUGCGUAGAGCACAGCCAGACGGUGGUUUUGGUUCCUACCUCUCAAGAUCCUGCUCCAGGGUCUGGACUGCUGAGUGCCAUCCAUGCAGCCCUUGUGGAGCGGCAGACUCGCUUGAUUUUCAUCAAAACUGAGACAACAGAAAUGUCGACGUCAGGUUCCUUACACGAGGCCUUACAUCUUCUUACUGAGGCUGGAGACUGUGUCACCUGGAAGGGCGUAAGCUCCAUGCCACCAUCCUCCUCCUUCUGGAAGCAGCUACGUUAUCACCUACCUGUGCCACAGCAGGCACCAAAAAUGAGGCUUUUACCACAGACAGCUGCCCAGGAUGAUCAUUGUUAAAAUGUUUAGCAAAGUCAGAAUGAAUAUAUCAUAUCACAGUUUUUAGUAUAUUACAUAAGUAUACAUUUAAAUCACAUUAAAACUAACUACAUAUAUUUCUAAGAUUUUGAAUUCUGGGAUUCAAAAUUUGCCUAAAAUAGUUUUUGAAGCUCCUUACUUACUACUGGAACUACUGGUCUUGUUCUCAUGAUGCCGCCCAUUCCUCCUUCAACCCUGUAACUUCUAGUCAACCCUAUAACUUCAACUUACCACUUACCACUCAAUAUAUCAUGAAAAGCAACACCUUAGUGUAGUGGUGCCCAAUCCGGGUGAGCCCCAGCACUACAUGUCUUCCAUCUCUACCCAAUCCGCCCACACCCGAUCAGCUCUGGACUGACUGAGCACAUGCCAUUGAGCAAAUAGGCCUUUUUAAACACAGAUUUUGACUUGUCAUCGUGGUUUGUGUUGUAACUUUAACAACCCGUAGGUUAUGACAGUGUGAAGGUGAGCCAGCAUGCAUAAUACCAGGACGCUGAGAAUGAAGCAGCUCAAUGGAAUUCAGCCAUCAUUAAUUUGAUUAUUUAUACGUCAGCCUUUCUUUCUGUGACGUCUAAAAAUGUCUUUAGUGCAAAAAGGCUGAUCAGGUCUAAGCACUGCAGGGAAAGAUGGAAAAUGUGCAGUGGUGAGCUUCUCCAGGCCCACUUCCCCAGGUCAAUAUCCUCCUAAAUUGUUAAAAUUGCACUUUUCUGUAAUUUCGCUUGUACCAGUUCUUUCAA